AUGCUAGCGAGUGAGUUGGAUAGGUGCCAAUGUCAACUUGCAUGUGCUCGUGUUGAUGAUGAUUUCUCCCGAGGCAGUCUGCAAUGGAUGCUGAAGAAGGGGGUGGUUUGUGUAGUUGGUGGUUGUUCCAUAAAGUUUGGUGAACUUGAACCCCAGAAUCCUGUCCGUGUCGCGAGAUGGACCGAAGAGGUGGAUACUGCUCCAACGUCCCUUGCUGUGACGGAAUUUGCAGGCCAGUUUCAUCUGGGGAAGCCAGAUUAUCACAGCUUCCACCAGUUUUGUCGUGGGUUGGGUUCGGGAUGCUCUUCCUCGGACUCCGAGGACUAA